AUGAAUUUCAUUUUAACAACCGGAAAUGCAAAUUAUUCAUCUACUAGUUCUACAUCAACUGAGUCAACUGAUAACCUUAGCGAUACAACAUUAUCAUCCACAACUUUCACACAAACGAACCCUUCAGCUACGACAGAGACUGCUGAUGUUACUGGCAAAACUGGCACCUCUACUCCAGUGGGAUCGGAAGGGACUGGGGACACGUCAUUAAGUUCUGACAAUGUUUCGUCUGAGUCCUCUAAUACAGAGUCUAGUGUUGCACGACAAAAUAACAAAUCUGUAAUUGCCAAUGUGGUUGGACAGGAGUAUUUGGAUGUAAGAACAACGGAGUCAGAGUCCUCGGUCAGUCUAAUGACUACCCUUCAAGAAAGUGAGACAAGUACCACAGAAAUUGUGUCUUCGAGCACGGAAAGUGGACAGGAAAAACACCGAACCACAGUUAUUAUAACAGAUAAUCCUAAGAUAGUUACAAGUACUCCUAAAAUGAAUGGUGUAUCAUCAUUGAAAGUUUUUCACAUUCUACAGCUGUUAAUUCUAUUUACAUUACAAAUCGUUUAUUGA